AUGACCCCGUCGCAAGUAUGGCCUCCGCAACUGCUGGCCGAGGUCAUCAAGAUCACCCACCUUCGGCUGCAAGUGACGAGAAAGCGGACUGGCAGUCUGGAGCGCAUCUCGGAAGAGGCCUACGAGGCCCUGGACCGUAUCCAAGGGUUCUCUCCAGAGCAACUAUCCGAGUCCAAGGCUUCGUCUAGAGAGGACUGGACAUGCAUCGGCAACGUGUACAAGUCCGCCGUUGCGUUGUACUGCGUUCUAUCGCUACAGAGCGCGUCAGUCCUUCCGGAAACCCCGACCUUGCGGGCUUCUUGCGCUGCACACGGCCAGCACCUGCAGCACCUUCUCAGCACAAGUCUGUCGUCGCCGCGGACUAGGAUGUUCAUGUUCUGGCCGCUGAUCUUGUUGGGCGUGGAAGCCGUACACGGGGACGCGACGACGCGUGACUUUGUCUCGAAGCACCUCCUGGAGCUGAGCUGCGUCGUGGGCACAUCCGUGCCGCUGACGGCGCAGCGGGUCCUUGCUUCCUUCUGGGGGUCGGGGGAUCAGAGCUGGGACGCCUGCUUCGAUCGGCCGUACCCCUUUACGACGCAGAUUGCCGUAGAUAUUGGCCGGGUAUACGCUCCCCGGCAACGGGACCUUCGAGACUUGUGA